AUGUCGAGCUUUGUGCUAGAUAAAGAAUCAUUUGUGCGGCGAAUUAAACGCCUCUACACAGAAUGGAAGGCGCCGAGCACUGGCCACGAUGAUGCGCUGAGUAAUCUGGACUGCAUCAUGAGUGUGGUGGGCGUGGAUGAAGAUGUUAUCUACUCAAAAUCAAUGGCCCUGCAGCUCUGGCUGCUUGGCUACGAGCUGACAGAUACAAUUUCUGUGUUUGCCUCGGAUGCCAUCUAUUUUCUAACCAGCAAGAAGAAAAUCGAGUUCCUGAAGCAGGCCCAGAACAUCAGCGAGGAGGGUGUGCCGGAAAUAAAGCUACUCGUUCGUGAUCGUACGGACAAAGAUCAGGCCAACUUUGAAAAGCUCAUCAAGACCAUACAGAACUCCAAGAAAGGCAAAAGGCUGGGCGUUUUCACCAAGGAUGCAUUCCCAGGUGAAUUUAGCGAAGCCUGGAAAAAGAUGCUGACGGCCGCGAAAUUUGAACAUGUGGACAUCAGCACGAUUAUUGCUUAUCUGAUGUGUCCCAAAGAUGAGUCCGAGAUAAAUAAUGUACGUAAAGCUUCAUUAGUAUCCAUGGACAUAUUCAACAAGUAUUUGAAGGAUGAAAUCAUGGACAUCAUUGAUUCUGAUCGGAAAGUCAAGCACACAAAGCUGUCGGACGGCUGCGAGGCAGCUAUUGGAGAAAAGAAGUACACCAGUGGCUUGGAUCCUCGAUUACUUGAUAUGGCCUAUCCACCCAUUAUUCAAUCUGGAGGCGCUUACAGUUUAAAGUUCUCUGCGGCUGCCGAUAAAAAUCAUUUGCAUUUUGGAGUGAUUGUUUGCUCGCUGGGUGCACGCUACAAAUCCUAUUGCUCCAAUAUAUCGCGCACCUUUCUGGUGAAUCCCACAGAGGCAAUGCAGGAGAAUUACACGUUUCUGGUAAACGUGCAGGAGGAAAUACUCAAGCUGCUUAUACCUAAUGCCAAGCUCUGUGAAGUCUAUGAAAAAACGCUGGCCUAUGUAAAAAAGGAGAAGCCCAGCAUGGUGGAUAAUCUUACCAAGAGCUUUGGCUUUGCCAUGGGCCUGGAAUUCCGUGAGAAUUCAAUUGUCAUUGGACCCAAGUGCCAGGCGCUCAUCAAAAAGAAUAUGGUCUUCAAUUUGCACGUGGGCAUCUCGAAUUUGACUAAUCCCGAUGCUGCCGACAAGGAAGGCAAAACCUAUGCUCUGUUUAUUGGUGACACUGUGUUGGUUGGCGAUCAGGCGCCAGCCAGUGUGAUGACACCGUCCAAAAAGAAAAUUAAAAACGUUGGCAUCUUCAUCAAAGACGAUGAUGACGAGGAGGAGGAUGUCGAUGAUAAGAAGCCUACCAAGCCAGAUCAGAGUACUGAGAUACUAGGUCGGAGUAAGCGUAACGCUGUGCUAGAUUCCAAGCUACGUAACGAGAUCAACACUGAAGAGAAACGCAAGGAGCAUCAACGUGAGUUGGCGCAACAGUUGAACGAACGUGCUCGCGAACGUCUGGCCAAGCAGGGCAACUCCAAGGAGGUGGAGAAGGUGCGCAAGAACACAGUCUCCUACAAGUCAAUGAGCCAAAUUCCACGAGAGCCGGAAGUAAAGGAACUAAAACUGUAUGUGGACAAGAAAUACGAGACGGUCAUAAUGCCCGUCUUUGGCAUUCAGGUGCCAUUCCACAUCUCCACCAUUAAGAACAUUUCCCAAUCUGUGGAGGGCGAGUACACGUAUCUGCGUAUCAAUUUCUUUCAUCCUGGCGCCACAAUGGGCCGAAACGAAGGCGGACUUUAUCCUCAGCCCGAAGCCACCUUUGUCAAGGAAGUCACCUAUCGCAGUUCGAAUGUCAAGGAGCAUGGCGAGGUGGCAGCUCCGUCAGCAAAUCUAAACAACGCUUUUCGGUUGAUUAAAGAGGUGCAAAAACGCUUCAAGACCCGUGAGGCGGAGGAGCGUGAAAAGGAGGAUUUGGUCAAGCAGGAUACGUUGAUACUGUCACAGAACAAGGGUAAUCCCAAGCUGAAGGAUCUGUACAUUCGUCCCAACAUUGUAACCAAGCGCAUGACAGGUAGUUUGGAGGCACACACCAAUGGCUUCCGCUACAUCUCCGUGCGCGGCGAUAAGGUGGACAUUCUGUACAACAAUAUUAAGAGCGCAUUCUUUCAACCUUGUGAUGGUGAAAUGAUUAUCCUGUUGCAUUUCCAUCUCAAAUACGCAAUCAUGUUUGGCAAAAAGAAGCAUGUGGAUGUUCAGUUUUACACGGAAGUGGGCGAGAUUACCACAGAUCUCGGCAAGCAUCAGCACAUGCACGAUCGCGAUGAUUUGGCCGCCGAGCAGGCGGAGCGAGAGUUGCGCCACAAACUAAAAACGGCGUUCAAAAGUUUCUGUGAGAAGGUCGAGGCGAUGACAAAGGCACAGGUCGAAUUCGAUACACCCUUCCGUGAGCUGGGCUUCCCUGGUGCGCCCUUCCGCAGUACGGUCACGCUGCAGCCAACAUCCGGAUCCUUGGUCAAUCUUACAGAAUGGCCGCCAUUUGUUAUCACCCUAGACGAUGUCGAAUUAGUUCACUUUGAGCGCGUACAGUUCCAUCUGCGAAACUUUGACAUGAUCUUUGUGUUCAAGGAGUACAUCAAAAAGGUGGCCAUGGUCAAUGCCAUUCCCAUGAACAUGCUGGAUCACGUUAAGGAGUGGCUUAAUUCCUGCGACAUUCGUUAUUCGGAGGGCGUUCAAUCGCUCAACUGGCAAAAGAUCAUGAAGACCAUUACCGAUGAUCCCGAAGGCUUCUUUGAGCAGGGAGGUUGGACAUUUUUGGAUCCCGAAUCAGGCAGCGAAGCGGACAACGAGUCUGCCGAGUCGGAAGAGGAUGAAGCCUAUAAUCCAACAGACGCUGAGUCCGACGAUGAGACCGACGAAGAUGAUUCCGAAUACUCGGAGGCUUCCGAGGACGAAAGCGAUGAUAGCGAUGAACUGGGAUCCGAUGAGGAGUCUGGCAAGGAUUGGUCUGAUCUGGAGCGCGAAGCCGCUGAAGAGGAUCGUAACAAUGAUUACAAUACCGAUGACAAGCGCAAUGGCAAAUUCGAAACGAAGAAACACGGCAAGAGCUCCAAGCACAGUCGUCGCGAGCGUGAGGAGCAGCGAUCGUCGCACAGUAAAAAGCAUAAGUCGAAUUCCUCCUCUUCUUCACAUUUAAAAUCCUCCAGCUCCAAACAUGGCAGCUCAUCUAGCCCAUCGAAAUCGUCCAAGGAUAAGUAUCACAAUCGCGACAAGCAUCAUUCCUCCUCGUCAGCGGGACACAAGAGCAGCAGCAAGGAUAAGGAUCGCAAGCGCUCGCGUGAGGACAGUCGAGACAAUGGCCACAGCAAAUCAAAGAAGUCGCGGCAUUAAGGAUCCACAAUUAGCUGUAGCACUCACACAUGCAAAAAAUAGCACAGGAACACUUACACACACACAUACACACAUAAGCAGAGAACAGUCGAGACACAGUAUACCUUAACUUUAGAUUAAUUUUUGUCUAUUUUAUACAUUUGUACAUUCUGUCAUUGUAACGCUCGAAACACACACAAACACACACAUCUGGAAACAAUUAACAAACAACAAAUAUCUGGAUAUACUUGAUGUAUUUCACUGUUGAAACUGUAACACCCUCCUCCUCCUUAAAUGGCUUCUUCUUUGCAAGUUGUAUUACAAAUUAAAUAAUUAUACAUAAUACGAUUAUAUUUGUAUG